AUGAGUAUUGGAGCAAAGUCCCAGUCGUCGUCUCAACACAUCUCCUGUGGCUGCUUCGCGGCCACAGCAUCAGCUAUCGUGGUGUUUGGUUGGCUCAACCAGGGCCGUUGUGGCACGCGCUGCCGUAUCGAGCGCCAAGUGAUUCACCAGCUUGAAAUUGCUCCCAUGAAGUUCACCAACAAGGACCUCUGCUCCCUGCUCUUCACCGACUUAUCUCCGAGUCAAUCUCGGUGCAACACCUGUAGCAAGGUGUACAAGAGCGGCAAUGGCUACACCAAUCAGGUGCAUCAUUUGCUCAAGCACCACCCCGACUAUCACGACUUGGCCGUGGCUGCAUUUCGCAAGGGCAAUCGGUUUGGUGUGACUCUUCCAGACCAGCGCACCAACGACAUUUUUCGAUGGAUUGAGUGGUGCGUAAUGGAGCGCAUGCCCGUCAGUUUUUGCGAGCGCCCACUUGUUCGCAAAAAUGUGAAGAUGGACCCUAUUUCUGCUGAGACGCUGCAAAAGUAUCUAGACCUGGUGUAUUUGCAUCCUUAG